CGAUAGGACAUCACUCCAGCAUCCAUCAUGGCGUUGGUUUCGCCGAAACGGGUCUUGGACCUUGUCAAGGUCCGAUGCGCAAUCUUCGGCACCGUAUUCAAUCCCAAAAAUGAACGUCUCGGCAACAAGGUCCUUCGCCAAAAGCUACGCGGUUCUGCUCUCGCAUCAUAUUAUCCCCGCCGGGUCGUGACAUUCAAGGAUCUGAAGAAUUUGUACCCCGGAUUCGAGCUUUACGAUGAGAAGGAGGAGGAUCGAUUAGAACACAUCCAAUUGCUCAAGGCGAGAGGCAAGGGAGCGCCGAAGAAAUUGAGUGCACCUGCUGAGGCGAAACGCGGAGCAAAGAAGAAGAAAUGAAGAAUCGAGCUUGCAGAGCCCAUCGACAACAGCAUUAGAACGACAUCUUCCACCAUCUGUGUUAUAUUCGAAAGAGCACUGUACUAUAUCCACGAUGCUGUGAAGGAGUUUCGGCGCAUAUAUCUGGGAAUGCUACCACUGUCAUUUGAUGAUCCUCAUCCACCUUGUACUGAGUAUCUGCAGAACGAUAUGGUACUCCACGACCAGUAGCUACGAAUCUUUGCAUGAGCUUCUUCCCCGCCGACUUCCAGAGUGCGGGCAGAUCUAUCAGCGCCAGGCUUCAAUGGAUUCCAUUCAUAUGCCCGAGCGUGAGGAAGCUUCUGGGUGACACUGAAGAACGCUAUGCGGUAAGAACUAGUGGUGUUC